AUGAUGCUUAAGGAACCGGCGGCCAAGGUCGCCAUAGAGAGCCCCCCUGACCAUUCUGUGACCGAGGCGUUCGAUUUUGACGAUGCCGUGCGGAUGGUUAAGAGUGGGCUGACUAUCGAACAAGCGACGCAUGCUCUGCUGUCCGUUAUGACUCGAGCAGAACGGCUGUCGCUGCUCGACGGAGAUGAGCCCUUUUGGAAAGGCCUUCGUGGAAUCUUGUUCGACCGUUACAACCGUGAAGCUUUCGUUAUGGGGGCAGUUCCACGCUUGAAAAUCUCGGGAAUACGCUUCACCGAUGGUCCACGUGGCAUCGUGAUGCACUCCUCUACCUGUUUUCCGGUGUCAAUGGCUAGGGGUGCAAGCUGGAACGUAACGCUCGAACAACGCGUUGGCAACGCUAUCGGCCUAGAAGGACGUGCGCAAGGGGCAAAUCUCUUUGCGGGGAUCUGUGUCAAUCUUCCUCGCCAUCCCGCCUGGGGACGCAUACAGGAGACCUAUGGCGAAGAUCCCAUACUCCUGGGCGAAUUCGGUCUCGCACUGAAUCGCGGUGUCCGACAACAUCUCAUGACUUGCGUCAAGCAUUUCGCUUUGAACUCCAUGGAGAAUGCUCGCUUCAACGUAGAUGUGCAGGUCGACGAUGCAGCCUUGCACGAAGUCUACCUCCCCCACUUUCGUCAACUGGUCGAAGGUGGAGUCUCAGCAGUCAUGUCAUCUUACAAUUCCGUUCGCGGUGAAUUUGCCGGACAAAAUCACGAGCUCCUGAACGACAUUCUUCGGCAAGACUGGGGAUUUGACGGAUUUGUGCUGUCCGAUUUUAUCUUCGGUUUUCGAGACGCAGUCAAGUCCAUCAAGAAUGGACUCGACCUUGAAGCCCCCUUCCAACAACAACGCGUCUUACACGUGCCUGAGGCACUGGAGCGCGGGGAUCUGGCUUGGCCUGAUAUCGACCGCUCAUGCGCGCGCAUCCUUCGUGUGCAACUAGAGCAUGCGGUGCGCACCGGACGAACGACUCCCGACUCUUCUGUCGUCUUCUGCGAUCAACACAGGAGAUUGGCCCGCGAAGUCGCAGCCCAAGGAAUGGUUCUACUCAAGAAUGAUGGCGUCUCGGGUUGUCCUCUGCUUCCGUUGGAUCCUGCCAAACUUCGCACGUUGGCAAUCGUCGGCCGGCUCGCCAAUAGGGAAAACACCGGGGAUAGGGGAUCUUCAGCGGUAUUCGCCCCGAAGGUGGUCACUUUCUAUGAGGGCCUUAGAGCAGCUCUUCCCAAUGCAAAGAUCAUGCUGCAGGAUACAGACAAUGUUGAAGAGGCCCAGAAAGUUGCGAAAAUGGCAGAUGUCGUCAUUUGCGUGGUAGGCUAUGAUGCGAUGGACGAAGGCGAGUACGUUGUGCCUUCCUUUGCUGACCAAAAGGAGUUGCUCGACCUCCUUCCUCCAACCCGGGACCUUGACGAAGAAGAAGUCCGCGCGGCCAUCGAGGGCCAAAAGAGCACCGGCUUCGGUUCCGGUUCUACGGACAGUGACGGGCUAGUUCCGGGGGCAGGCGGUGAUCGCAGGUCCCUUAGACUACGAGAUCGCGACGUAGACAUCAUCAGAACCGUGACUGCUGUGUCGUCCCGUGUCAUCGUCAGCGUUGUGGCAGCGGGUGCAGUCAUCAUGGAUGAUUGGCUUGACAGAGUCCCGGCACUGCUCAUGACCUGGUAUAGCGGCGGAGAAGGAGGUCACGCACUAGCAGAUGUCCUUCUUGGCAAGGUCGACGCUAGCGGGCGAAUGCCGUUUUCAACGCCCAAAAGCGAGGAACACCUCCCAUACUUUGACAUUGAUGCCUCGAAGAUAACAUAUGAUCGAUGGUUUGGACAGCGGCUCCUUGACAAGCUCGGCGUCGUCGCACAAUUUCCUCUUGGCUACGGUCUUUCUUACACGACAUUUGCCCUAGAGGGAGUGAACGUUGAUGUAGGCCCUCUCGAAUGGGGUCUGGACUGUUUCACUGUGAGCACUACGGUCGUGAACACUGGAUCGCGCCCUGGCAGGCAUGUCGUCCAAGUCUAUGGCACUCCUCGGGGUCCUGUUAGGUUUUCAGAGCCUGACAUUGGAUCCGAAUCAGUCGACACUAGCCAACGUGAAAUGCUCGACAAGGCCAUUGAAACGCAGAAGCGGGAAUAG